UGCAUUUCAGCCCGGGGAUCGCCUCGCAUUCCACCCAUUUCCGCGCGUAGCACCGCGUCCUCCGCAGAUCGCCGCCGCACCCACCCACCGCUGCUCGCGACACCGAUCGCACUCGCAGCUCACCGCGUCGCCAUGCCGCCCGCCGCCCCUCCUCGCCCCGCCUCGCCCGCCGCCGCCACGGCCGUCGCGAGCGUGACGCCGCACCGGGUGGCCCUCGCGCUGCUGCUGCGCCUCCUCGCGGGCCCGCCGCCCCCCGCCGUGCCCGCGCUGCCCGACCAUCCCCACGCGCACGAUGCUCGCGCGCAGGCCCCGCUGCCCCGCCGCGUGCGGCAGCGACUGGCGCUCUUCCUGCUGCGCGAGGCCAAGGCAGCACACUCGUGGCACGAGCCCCCUCUGAGCGCGCUGCUGCUGCGAUUGGCGGCUGACGUGGCGGCGGGAGAGGGGGGUGCGGAGGAGGGGAAAGGCGAGGGCGAGGGGGCGAGCGGGGGGGUGGGGCGGCAGCUGGUGCGGCAGCUGCAGGCGCUGCAGUCGCCCGAUGACCUCUUCUCCCUCGCCGCCUCCCUGCGCUCGUGUGUGGGUGGCAGCAGCGGCCCCUCGUCCCAGCAGGCAGGCGUGCCGGUGGCCGCUGGCAGUGCGCUCGGCCUCUUCCUGCGCUCGCUGCUGCUCGCCCUGCACCACCUGCCCUUCCAGGGCGUGUGCCAUGUGCUGGGCGCCAUCCACGGCUACCUGCACCAGUGGGCGGGCCGCAGGGGCAUGCAGGCACACAGCCGGGAGAUGGGGAGCGAGGCAGCAGAGGGGGAUUCAGAGUGGAGGGAGGAAGGGGAGGAGGUGUGGCGGGAUGGCGGGGAGGCCAUGGAGGUGGACUGGGAGGGCGACAGCCACUGCAUGCUCGCAUCACCGGGUGCUUCCUCGCGGCCGCUGUCGUUCGACACCAUCACGCAUCGCAGCAGGGGGCCCCAGGGGAGCGCGCAGAGGCAACAAGCCAGACGGGUGGGCGGCAGGGCCGCAGCAGAGGGGGCGGCUUGGCUCAGCGGGGGGAGGGCGGACGGGAGAGAUGGGGGCGUGUGGGGGGGAGGAGGAGGAAGGAGGAGCAGUGGAGGGAUGGUGGGGGUGGAGGCAGAGGCAGGGGAAGAGGGGCGGGAGAGUGAGGAGGGGCGAGGGGGAGGAGGCGGCACGCAGAAGCGGUAUCUUCGGGAGGCGGGGCGCCUGGCGGAGUACCUGGAUGCGCGCAUGGAGGCGGCCACCAGGCUGGGCGCAGCAGCAGCAAGCCCGAGGACCAGUGAAGGGGGGCAUGCUGGCGCCAUGGGUGGUGCGCUGCCAGACGACGUGAGCGCCAUGGCGUAUGCGCACGACCUGCCGCCCAAGGUGCAUCUGUGGCAGCACCACGAGUCUCUCUCCUCGCGCCAUCUCUCCUCCUCCCUCGCCUCCCUGCACCGCUACUUCGACUACAGUGCGGGCGUGACAGCGGUGGGUAGUCGCCCGGCGUCGGAGUGGUGGGCGGGGCGAUUCCAGGCGGGGCUGCUGGUGGAGGGCGCCAUGCACGCACGAUACGGGCACACACAGCACGCCAUGGGGGCUUUGAUCGAGACAGUGCACAUGGCGCAGCAGGAGACUGAUGACGUGUGCCUGGUGCAUGCCCUGUCAGCCAUCUGUCACCUCCUAUCGCAGACUGCCUCGUCAGACGCCCGUCGACAGCUGGCGGCGCUGGGAGCGCCCAGCUCGCUGCAGCAGCCCACGCGGCUGGAGGGGGGAGUUUGGCGGGGGGGAGGGAGGGAAGGGGGGAAAAAGGCUGUUGUGGGGGGAGGGUAUGGGGUCCAUGGGCGCAUGGAUGGGGAAGGGGAGGGGGAGGGGGAGGAGGAGGGGGAGGGGGAGGGCGAGGGGGCGGUGGGGGCGGUGCAGCAGCAGGUGUGCGCGUUGCUGCAGCGCUGCCUGCUGCGCGGUGCCCAGCUGCGACUGCCGCGCCUCGUCUUCGCCAUCCACCUGCUGCUCGCCCGCUACAGUGUCGAGCACGUAUCGGGCGUGAGGCCACUGCAUGGCACCACCUCCCUCUCCCUCCCCCCCUCCGACGUCACCCCAUCGCCGCUCCUUGUCUGCCACCACCUGCGCAUGGGAGCACACCUCUUCAACCACUCCUGCACCUCCGCCAUCCUCCUUCCCUCCGCCCUCUCCCCGCUUUCCUUCCCCCCCUCCGCCCCCCUCUCCCUCGCCGCGCUGCGCCUGGCCUCCUCCUCCUCCUCGUCUGCCGUGGCGGCAGCAGCGGCCGCCCUGAGCCUCACGUCCAGCCUCGCCCUCUCCGCGCCGCUCUCCUCCGCCUCCACCGCCGCGGGGCUCUUCUCCUCCGCCCAGACCAUGCCCACCCCACAAGCCGCAGCCUCCGCAGCCCCAGCGGCAGCGGCGGCAGCAGCGGCAGGGAGGCUGGCCCCCCCGCCCGCUGCAGUGGUGCGGCUGGCAGGGGCGGCGCAUGGCGUGCGGGCUGCCGCAUGGGAGGUGUAUGGGUGGUUGGCAAGGGUGGCCAACUUGGAUGGAUUGGUUGGGAAGGGACAAAGGUCAAAGUUGAGGUUCCUAUAGGGAGGGAAUCUUUGUGCUUAUGGGGUUUCCUUGGUUGGGGACUCUCUUGGGACCUUCCCUCUCGUCCCUCUCUUUCUAUCCCAACCUUUCUCUUGCUCUUCAAAUUCCUUGUGAGAUUCUUGAACUUUGAUUGAACUCUUGAGAUUGAGUUAAG